CAGGGCUGGCAGAACCGAGCAGGCGAUACUUUCUUCGAAAAGCGACGACGGCAAUCCAUAAAUGCGGACGAAAGAAGCCAGAAAAUUCUCUUCGACAUGAUGGGCAGGAUCGCAGAAGAAAUGAAUGCUUCUACUGGCGCUUUCAACAUCUCCAACGCCAUGCCUGCGGUUCUUGAUCUUUGUGUAGCGCCAGGAGGUUUUGUCAAGUAUGUCCUCGAGAUCAAUCCUUUUGCAAGUGUCGAUGCUUUCAGUCUUCUGGAGCAGCACGGUGGCCACGAGAUGAGGAUUCCUUCUGGACGUUCCGACCCUCGUGUGUCAGUUGCCUUCCAGGAUGUUACAUUGUUCGCCGACGAAUUUGGACUGCCAGACAUCUUCAAGGACCCCAAGAACGAGACAAAUCUUGCACUUCGCUGGCCAUACAUGACCGAAUGUUACAACAUGGUCAUCUGUGACGGACAGGUUCCACGCCAGAACCAGGUUGAAGACGACUAUUUAGAGCCUCUCCGUCUCACCUACUCUCAGCUGUUCUUAGGCCUGAAGAGGAUCGCAUCUGGAGGCACCAUGAUCGUGCUCCUGCACAGAAGCGGUCGCGUUCGUAUCUUCAGACUCCUAGGCAUGUUCUGUCGAUUCGCACAAGUC